AUGUCGGUGGAUAUGGGAGGUGUUGGCGGUGGGGGGCGCGGCGGAGGAAUGGAGGUCGCCUCCGCCGCCGCCGCCGCCGCCGCCGGCGGUAACAUUGAUCCGAGUAACCUCCACUUGAAGAAAGAGUUGACGCAGAUACGAAAAGCUGCGAGGGUUUUGAGAGACCCGGGCACGUCCUCAUCUUGGCGGUCGCCUCUCCACUCUGCAAGAUCUCUUACAAAACACCAUUACGUGCAUCACCACAAAAGCGGACACACUGAAGGUAAUGAAAUCAUUUCUUCAUCCGAACAUAAUGUCCAAAGUAAUGCUAAUAAUCUUGCCAGUGGCGCUGGUGCCCUUUCCAGUGACAAGGGCAAUGUGGGUUCUAAAGAAAGAGAAAAGAAAGUCUUUUUGUACAACUGGAAGAGCCAGAAAUCCGAGAGUGAGAAAAGCAAGCAGAUUUGUGAUGACGAUGAGGAUGACGGUAAUAAUGACGCUGACGAUGUCGAGGUUAACAGCAAGGACGGAGGAGGGUCUUGUUCGGCUAGCCUCGAUGUUGAUAGCUCGAGUGAUGCAAGGAAUAAUGCUCCGCGCAUCUUUAGGUGUAAAAAUACAGACUUCACGCCUUCCAUCAUGCGCACUAUCAAGAAGAAGUCUAGAAGGAUUAGCUACAGUCCGGGUGCAGUUUUAAGGCACCAUAACGAAAAACUGCCGAAGCAGAUCUUAUUGGACAGGCACACAAAACAUGCCUUUUUAAGGAGAGAUGAUUUGGUCAGCUUGGUUGACCAAUCGGAUGAUGCCGAGGAUUUCUGUAAUUCCCCAUUGCUUGCAAGAUUCAAGAAUAAUGGUGCCCGGGCCCACCCGGCAACUAAGAUCUUAUCAAAGAGCCAUCACAGAAAAGAAGACGAUUAUAGUACACCAGCACUAUCCACGGGUUCCCGCCAUCACAACAACUACGGGCCUCAGAACCCAAGCUUGGUCGAGUCGUGGGAUGGGACCACUGGCUCGUUUGCCGAUGAUGAGGUGGAAGACCAAUUGGAUUUGCCUGGUCGUCAGGGGUGCGGGAUCCCUUGCUAUAACUGGUCGAGAAGGUCAACCCCAAAGUCAAGGGCUGGCUAUGGAAGCUCCUGUUCCCCUUCUCUUUCCGACACUUUACGAAGGAAGGGGAGUAGCAUUUUCUGUGGGGCCCAGUCUAUGCAUCAACUGAGACGCCACUCAAACAAGAGGAGAUCCGGCCAAAGUCUGGUCCCACUCCUCACGAACAAUGGUCAGAGAGGGUCGUCAUCUGUCGGUAGUGAUGACGAGUUGUCGAUGAAUCUUUGGGAACUCGACUUGGAGGCAUUGAGUCGUUUGGAUGGGAGGAGAUGGUCCUCGAGUUGUAGGAGCCAAGAGGGUUUGGAGAUAGUCGCUUUUAAUGGCGACGUGCACGAAGAGAGCUCGCCCGAGAAUAUAAGGAGCUUGAGCCAUAAAUACCGGCCGAUGUUUUUCGAGGAGUUGAUUGGUCAGAAUCUAGUUGUCCAGUCUCUGAAGAAUGCUAUCUCGAGAAAAAGGGUGGCACCUGUGUAUCUCUUCCAAGGCCCACGCGGGACAGGGAAAUCCUCGGCGGCUAGAAUCUUUGCUGCAGCCAUAAAUUGCCUUGCAUCUGAGGAGAAUAACAAGCCGUGUGGGGUCUGCAGGGAGUGUGCUGAUUUUGUAACUGGAAAGAGCACUCGUCUUGUGGAAGCUGAUGGGUCGACUAAAAUGGGAAUUGACAAAAUCAAGAAUCUCUUGAAAAGUCUAUUAGUUGGUCGUGAGCGGUCACUAAUUUCGGAGUUCAUGGUUUUCGUGGUCGAUGAGUGCCACCUGUUGCCCUCAAGGAUGUGGCUGGCUUUCCUCAGGCUUCUAGAAAAACCUUUGCCGCAUAUUGUAUUUGUUCUUGUCACGAAUGACGUGGAUAACAUGCCGCGUGCUGUGCUUUCCAGAUGUCAGAGGCAUCUUUUUAGUAAGAUUGGCUGUGGGGAUAUUGUGGCUCGGCUUAGGAAGAUUGGGGAUGAGGAGAAUUUGGAUGUCGAUUGUGAGGCGUUGGAUAUGAUUGCCGUGAAUGCGGAUGGCUCGUUGAGAGACGCAGAGACCAUGUUGGACCAGUUGAGUUUGUUUGGGAAGAGGAUUAGCAUCUCCUUGGUGAACGAGCUGAUUGGUGUUGUUUCUGACGAAAAGUUGUUGGAGCUAUUGGAAUUAGCCAUGUCGUCAAAUGCGACAGAGACAGUGAUACGAGCCCGAGAAUUGAUGGAUUCGGGAGUGGAUCCAAUAGUUUUGAUGUCUCAAAUGGCAACCCUUAUUGUGGAUAUUAUUGCUGGAACUUACCACCAUGAUUCUUUCCUUGGUGGAAGAAACCUGUCAGAACGGGAAAUAGAGCGGCUGAAGCACGCGUUGAGCCUUCUCUCAGAGGCGGAGAAGCAUCUCCGUGUGUCGUCUGAGCGAUCGACAUGGUUCACAGCCACUCUACUGCAGUUGGGCUCCUUUCCCUCAUCCGAUCGCACCCACUCAGGCAGCAGCCGGCGUCAGAGCUCAAAGGCAACUGACGAGGACCACACAAGUGUAAAAUCUGCUCACCGUAUUUCAACGAGCACCAACCCAUUAAACAACAAUAAUAAUAUUAAUAAUAAUAAUAAUUCUGGUUUUGAACUGGACACUAGCCGAAUCGAAGCCCAUGGGGGUGAUGAGCCGUCAAUGGUCUCACAAAAUGAGGGCAAAAUACGGAGGACGGGUUUGAGAUGUGGUAAUUCCAAGAUGUUGGGUAAUGUUUGGGCACAAUGUAUCGAUAAGUGCCAUUCAAAGACUCUAAGACAGCUGCUUCAUUCGCAUGCCCGGCUUGUGUCGAUAUCUGAAGUUAAAGGUGGUUUUGUGGCUCACAUUGGAUUUCUCGACAAAAGCAUCAAAGCCCGGGCUGAAGGUUUUCUCAGUAGCAUCACAAACUCGUUCGAAAUUGUCCUACGCCACAACGUGGAGGUCCAAAUGAUCCUAUUGCCCGAGUCUUUUGGUGAAAAACAUACAGAGUCAAAUAAAAACACAUCCCUCCCUGAUUUGCCUGAAACCCGUCAAACCAAGCCUGUCGGGCCCAUUUCCGAAAUUCCAAACACGAGCACUGCCAAGUCAGAAAAAUUUCCCGGGAAAAGAAUCGAGUCAAUCAUUCACGAGCAAAGACUGGAGACUGCAUGGUUGCAGGCCGUGGACAGGGGCACUCCCCGGUCAGCUGGGGCCCGUUUGAGGCCCGAGAGGAAUCAAGUGCUCCCACAGGAUGGGAUGAACGAAUCAGGGCCGUUGGAUCAUGUGGAGCAGUGGGAAGAUGAGUUGAACCGUGAGAUUAAGGCCUUGAAGGUUAAUGAGGGAAUGGUGAGCCCACACAAGGAUCAGAUUGUUGCUAGGAGGGUCGAUCACUACCCCAUAUCGCCCAGCUUUUUGCAUAAUAGCAGCUUCACUCGAGAUAACAUGGGAUACGAAUCCGGACCAGGAGGAGCCGGUUGCGGUGGGAUGUUCUGCUGGAACAACAGUAGAACUGAAAGAAGCCGAAAGGUGCUGCAAAACCAGACUAAGCCAGGAACACCACCGCUGCCCGGGCACAAAAGCAGUCGGUUUUCGUGGUUUGGAGAGUGUGCAAAAUCAAGGAGAGGCAGCAGAUACAAUAGAUAA